CGCGUACCUGCUACAAACUCCAGGACCACAGCUUCGCUCCCCAGUCCCCGCCGAACUCGAGAAUCUCGAGGCAAAACCCCACAUCACCACCGUCCAAAAAGUCGAGUAAUUCGAGUUCCCUCGCCGGCCUCCUCUUCUCGCAUAAAAACGCUAUCGAGCAGUGAGCGUCUCGUAAAGGAGUUCCUUCUCUCUCUCUCUCGUGGAGAUGGAGACCAUGGCGGCGGCGAUAGGGGUGUCGGUGCCGGUGCUGCGCUUCUUGCUCUGCUUUGUGUCGACGAUUCCGGUGAGCUUCGCGUGGAGGCUGGUUCCGGGAACCCUACCGAAGCAUCUCUAUGCCGCGGUCACUGGGGCGGUUCUCUCGUAUCUCUCCUUCGGUUUCUCCUCCAACCUCCACUUCCUCAUCCCCAUGGGGCUGGCGUACGCCUCCAUGCGCCUGUUCCGACGCCACUGCGGCAUCAUCACCUUCUUCAUUGGGUUUGGCUACCUCAUCGGAUGCCAUGUGUACUACAUGAGUGGGGAUGCAUGGAAGGAAGGAGGCAUUGACGCAACUGGAGCUUUAAUGGUGUUGACUCUUAAAGUCAUUUCAUGUGCAAUAAAUUACAGCGAUGGGCUACUAAAAGAAGAAGGAUUGCGUGAUGCACAAAAACAAUAUCGAUUAAUUCAUUGCCCCUCAAUAAUUGAAUAUAUUGGUUACUGUCUUUGCUGUGGCAGUCACCAUGCAGGACCAGUAUAUGAAAUAAAGGAUUAUCUUGAUUGGACAGAAGACAAGGGGAUUUGGGUGCAUUCGAAUGACAGACCAUUGCCAUCACCUUAUGGUGCUACAUUGCGUGCUUUAGUUCAAGCUGCAGUAUGUAUGGGACUAUACUUAUACUUGGUACCACAGUAUCCACUUUCUCGGUUUAAUGAGCCCAUAUAUUAUGAGUGGGGUUUCUGGCAACGGCUGAGAUACCAAUACAUGUCUGGAUUUACUGCCCGUUGGAAAUACUAUUUUAUUUGGUCAAUCUCAGAGGCUUCAAUCAUCAUUUCUGGUCUGGGUUUCACUGGGUGGUCAGACUCCUCACAUUCUAAACCUCAGUGGGACCGUGCAAAAAAUGUUGAUAUUCUUGGUGUGGAGAUUGCCACGAGUGCAGUUCAGCUACCACUUGUAUGGAACAUACAAGUCAGCACCUGGCUACGUUACUAUGUAUAUGAAAGGCUUAUUCAGAAAGGGAAAAAACCUGGAUUCCUUCAGUUGCUGGCUACGCAGACUGUCAGUGCUGUUUGGCAUGGAUUGUAUCCUGGAUACAUGAUAUUUUUUGUUCAAUCGGCAUUGAUGAUCGCUGGUUCACGAGUAAUCUACAGAUGGCAGCAAGCUAUUUCCCCCAGGAACACUUUGCUUAGAAAGAUAAUGGCAUUUACCAAUUUUGCCUACACGCUACUUGUUCUUAACUAUUCCUGCAUUGGCUUCUUGGUACUAAGCAUGCAAGAAACUGUUGCUGCCUACAGGAGUGUAUAUUUUGUCGGUACCAUUGUUCCUAUUGUGAUUAUCCUACUGGGCCAUAUAAUCAAACCAGCCAGACCUGUCAGGCCUAAAACUCAGAAAAGCCAGUGAGGCAAGACUUAUAUGCCUUUUCCAACUUUGCUGGAAAGAGGUGGAAGAAUAUUGCAGCCUCUUAUCCGUGGCUUUUUCCCGUUCAUAGUCUUUCAUUUCUCUGAAUUACGAAGUGAUCUUCACGUUGAUUUGAGUGUAGCAUGCUUCCUUGGAUCCCUGCUUUUGUGUAAGCUUAUAACCUUAGUUAAGGGAUGCAUAAGCCUAUUCGGUCAUCUUUGCUGAUUCUGUGACAUUUUUUCUGUGAAUGUCUGGCCAACUUGCUCAUGCGACCUCUGAGAUGGCACAUGCAGCUUGAAGUUGUCAGAUGUGAUAUAUGCUAUUUUUCUCCUAGAUAAAGGUAAAUAAAUGUUUUUCACGUCUACCUAAAUGCAAGAUACCUCCUUCACGUUUGUUUGAAA